UGGAUUUUAGUGUGUCACACAGCCAGAGCGCGCAAUGUAUAAAUAGCGUUGUUCGGUUGUUGGUGAAUGGAAAAUAUGCCGCGCUUUGUUUUAUUCCGUAUUUUGCAGUGCAAGCGCGUAUUUCAUACAGCUCGAUUUCAGUGAGAGAGCGAACGAGAGUGAAUGAGAGCGAAUGCGAGAGUUGAGUUGAGUUGAAUGGUUUUUGGAUUGUUUUGUUCGUUCGUCUUAUUUUGUUUUUGGUUGGCUCUCGUUGGUUUACGAUGCAUUCGUAACAACAAAGUUCAGUGUGCUUUUGUGCGUGAUAGCCCCCAGACGGGGUGCACGCAGUUUCUUUUCAUUUUUAUUCAGCAUUUUCAUUUUGAGUGCUCCAUCAUUGAAGCUCCACAGAAAAAAUAAAAUAGAGAAUAAAACGAAGUCAAAACGACGAUUCAUUUUCAUUUGCGUCAAAACGACGAUUGACAGGUGAAAUACCUAUAUAAAUAACAAAAAAAAACAUUUAGUUUAGAUUUUCUACGAACGCACCACGUCUUUUUUUUCGAUAUAGUAGUAGAACACGAAAAAAAAAAGAAAAUACAAUAACAAAAUAAACGCAAACAAUCUGCGUAGCUCUUGUAUUUGUAGCUAUCGAUUUGUUUAAUGGUGUGUUGAAAAAAUAACAAAUUUGUGCUGCUGUUCCUUUUCCCUUCAUAAUAUAUGGAAUAGAAAAAUAAAAUCAACGACUCUAUUGCUCGCGUAUCAAUGUCCAUCUUAAUCGUGUGGUGAAGUGAAAAAUAUGUCUUCAUGUGUUUAUUAAUGCAAACAGACGGACGGAAAGUUAGAAAACGGUGGCUACCAAUUUAUCGAUUUAAACCUUGACAUAAUUGCUCGGAACAUUUCGCGAAUCUUUUUCCAUAAAAAAAAAAAAACAUUAAAAAAAGAGGAGCUUACUAGCUCCAAACAAGAAUAAUAAAUAUCGAUCUCUCGGAUACUAAAUCAAUUGUGUUCGUUACUCUGUUGUUCGCCUCGUAUCAUCCAUUUCAAGUGCGGCAACACAAUAUUUUUCUUUGUCUCUCCAUCCAUCGUCGUUCGCAGAGACACAUCAGCUGUGUGCUAAUCGCGUGUGCACUUGGGUACACACAGUAGACACACCGUCGAAUGUAGAGCAUCGGUGGAAAAAUCCACAUGAAGAAAAGGAUACCUGUAAAACGACACCAGUUGUCAGGAUUGAUGAGUGAAACUGAGACGUUGAAACCGCACAAUUAACGGCGAUGCGGGUAAAUAAAUUAAACAAGUGUUUUCAUAAAUCGUCCACAGCGCAACCGAGUGUGUGUGUAUGUGCGCGGGUGAAAAAGAGACGAACGAACUCCAGUUUGUUAUUAGAUCACACAAAUGUAAAUGAUUAAUUGCAAGGAAGCACAAUGUGUUUUGAAAAAAAGCAACCUCGCACAAAAUCCAAGAAGAGAGAGAGCGCAAAAAAGCAUAGCGUGACGGGUAAACAACAAGCACACGGUUUAUUUUGAAUUGAAUAUACCUGAUUCAUUCGCAUUGCGCACAGUAUUCGAAACUGAGUGUUCAUCGAUCGCAACAAAUUGCAUACAACAAAAAAUUCAGUAGCACGUCAACAGGCAAAAAACACUGAAAGUUCCAACGUGUGUCACAAAAUCGACGCAUUACAUUAGCUAAAAGUGACCUUCAUUCCCUUGCUUUGAAAACGCAACCAAACUUACCGAAAGACAAAGAAAAACACAUAGAAAGUGAGAGAAUACACAACAACACCAUUCUUCAUCAACUUUUAGAUGCGAGAGAUUCGUAUCGGUGCAAAGUUUAACGAAACAUUUGUGUAUAUCUUCAUCGAUGAAUGCGAUUGUGAGUAUCGAGCAAAGCGCACACUGCGUAUACGAUUGCGAGUACUUUGUAGGCUGUAAACGCACUAACGACGACGACGACGGUGACACCGCCACCGCUGCUGACGGCGACGAUAAAUGUGCGAUCACUCGCAUCGACCCGAUGUGCACAAGACACAAUCGACGUAAACGAAAAGGAACACAAACGUCAAACGAUUCGAGUUGACUAGUGAUAAUUUUUCGGUGUGUGAAUUUCAGUUUCAUUCAAGUAUAGACAAUCAUGCUCUGCACAUCGUAGAGCAGCACCAAAGCAACUCCACAUCCUAUCGUCAAAAAACACAAAACAAUCUGCACGCGCUCACAGUCUAUCAUUGAGCGGAUUUUGGUUCACAGUUUGAAAGUGCAACGUGACUGUUACGAUGGUUUCAGUGAUUUAUGCUUGAUGGUAUUAUUUCUUUUGAUCGUUAAUUUCGAAAAUUUUCUCUCGUGAUUUGUGAGGCUUGUGUUUUUUUGUUGUUGUUAUUCAGUGUAUUCAGUGGGUUCGAUGUAGUAGACAAUUUAUAAAAAGGAGAAGAAAAAAAUUACGAAUCGGUAGAGAAAAAAAGGUACAAUAAUGAAAAGUGAAUUAAAUUGACAAGUUUGAAGUGACGAGUCAAUUAGAAGAAACACGGUUAAAAAAAAACGACUUUAACGAAGUGAAAAAAAAGUGAGACUAAACGAUAACGGUUUUAGAUAGAACGAAGUAAUAAGUAGGAAUAACAUUGAAAGUAUAGAGAAAAAAAUCAGUUGAAAAUGGCACACGGUGGUCCAUCGAAGCGUAAACCAAACAACAACAUCGACGACAAUAAUAGCGAAGAUGAGCUGCCUGCGCCACCAGACGGUGGCUGGGGAUGGGUGAUUGUAGCAGCUUCAUUUCUCAUUCACAUCAUCACUGAUGGUAUAACAUACUCAUUUGGUAUAAUGUACGUUGAACUGUUGGGCGAAUUCAAAGAAGGCAAAGGAUAUACAUCUUGGAUUCUAAGUCUCAUGUCUGGAAUGACACUUUGCUCUGGUCCGAUUUCAUCGUCAUUCGUGAAUAAAUACGGUUGCCGGGCUGUAACGAUUGCCGGCGCAAUAUUGGCUUCGGCGUGUCUCCUCGUUAGUGUCUUUGCCCAAAACGUAUUCACUCUUAUCAUAACAAUCGGGUUCGGAGUUGGCUGUGGCUUGGGGCUUAUUUACUUACCGGCCAUCGUUAGUGUGACAACGUAUUUCGAAAAGUACCGCUCAGUGGCAACAGGAAUCGCUGUGGCUGGAUCAGGCCUUGGGACAUUCAUCUUUGCACCGCUCAUCGACAUUUUAAUUCAAGAAUUAACUUGGCGAGGAACUUUGUUGGUGCUCUCGGGAAUCGUGUUGAAUUGCGCAAUUUUUGGAGCUAUGUUCAGGCCGCUAAAAGCAUCGACACGACAAAUAGCUCCGGCCGAACAAUCGGACACAUAUCAAAGGGAGUCAAGCUAUGAAAUUGAAUCUAUGCCGAAUAACCACCAGAAUGGACACGGUCAUUUGAAACGUAAGCCACGCACAACGUCGUCAGUUCGCGUGCCAAGUGUAAAUGUCAUUUCCGAAGUUGGAGAUGGUCAAAUGAUUCGUUCGCAAAGUGUGGGCCAUAGCAUGGCCGUUGUGACGACAAACAACUAUGACACAAACAACUACGACACAAACAAACUACUGAACAUCAAUUACUGCAACGGACGUCCAGAAAAUGGCACGAAAACCGCACAAAACAAUGGCAAAUCGGACGGCAUGCGAUACACAUUGAGCCAACCGUUACUAAUUAAUUCAACGGCUGAUUCGGAACACGAAAAUAAACCGCUUAAGGAUUCACAUAAGCACUGGCGCAGCGGAACCCUUUCACGGCCAGACAUUUUUUAUCAGGGAUCACUUUACAACAUUCCUAAUUAUAGGUCACAUAGCGAGUUGCCAACCGACGUACCAGAUAGAUACGGUUCACUUCGGCGUGUUAACGAAAAUGAGGAACUUUGUUCGGAUUAUGUAUGCUGUGGAUGUAUCCCGGCUGAUACACGCGAGAGUUUUAUCGAAAUGAUGAACUUUAACCUCCUAAAAGAUCCAAUUUUCGUUCUGUUCACCGUGUCAAAUUUUGCUACCAGCCUCGGUUUCUAUGUCCCAUAUUUUUGCUUAGCCGACCAAGCGAAAGUGCUGGGAAUGACAUCGGAAGAUGGAAGCUGGUUGCUGGCUGCCAUUGGUAUUGCAAACACUUUGGGCCGUCUCAUUUUGGGCUAUAUAUCCGAUAAAUCGUGGGUUAAUAGAUUGUGGGUGUACAAUUGUUGCCUUGUCAUUUGCGGUGUCGCGACUGCCGCUUCGACUCUCUGCAUAGAUUUUUGGUCAUUGAUUAUUUACUCGGCUGUAUUUGGAUUCACGAUUGGCGCUUACGUCGGUCUAACUUCGGUUAUAUUAGUCGAUUUACUGGGCCUCGAUAAGCUAACGAAUGCCUUUGGUUUACUAUUGUUGUUCCAAGGAAUAGCUACAUUCGUCGGUCCACCUAUCGUUGGGUUUCUCUACGAUCAAUCACAUUCGUAUACGCCCGGUUUCGUGUUUGCCGGUGCAAUGAUUGCGUUAUCUGGACUGAUUUUAUUCUUCAUCCCGUCGAUGCAACGGUACUAUGCGCAGAGGGAGUUGCGGAGCGACCGAGAAGAGAGCGUGAUAGCAUCAUAGUUUUAACAAUCGAUUCGAAUGGAGGACAUUUUUUUUUCCAAGUACAAAAUUAAAGUGAAGAGAGAAAAGAAAACAAUUCACAAAAACGCCAAAACGAAUGGAAACUUAUUUUCUGAUUUCUAUUUGAAUAUUGCAAGCAUCGUUACCGUUUGAAUCAUUUCUUUUGAUGCUUGUAGGGAUUGUAGGCGACAAGCUUAAUUUGGAUAAAGACUGUAAUCGGAAAAUAUUUGUGUAAAAAUGCAAAACGAAACCAAAAUCACUAUACUUCCUUCAGAAUAUGAGUAGAGACAGACUUUUGCCCCGCCCUCAUCAAAUCCAUUGACCAGUUUUUUUUUUAAUUUUCUUAUAUUGAUUAUUAAAUGAUCGUUCGCGAGCAUUUGUGUCAUGAUAUCAAGUUUAAGUGCAUCGUUUUGCGAGUUUCAGUACAGGUUCAUUUUUUUUUUCACAUUUACAUUGAGCGGUUUAGGAGAAGAAAAAAAAUUGAUGAAUAAAUAACUUUGGUACAAAGAUAAAAAGCAAAUAAUAUUGAUUUCGACGCAUUUUUCAUGAUACAAUUGUACAUGAUCGUAGGCCCAAUAUGAUUGCAACUUAUCGGCGUGCAGGUGAACUUAAUAAGCUCUAUUGUCGAUACAAAACUAUCUGUCCACACAAUAUAUCAAAUAGUUAACGGAAACAGAAGAAUGGAGUUUUUUCUCCUCAUAAACGGAUUGUAUGGAUGAAGCAAAAGUGCAGCUUGAGACGGUGUACCAGCUUGACCAUUCCAAGUUGGUCGAUUUGUUGUUAACAGUGACGGUGUGUUUGUAUCAUUCAUUUGGGAUACACUAUUCACGGCACACAUUUUUCAAUGGUCUAAAUUAUUUUAAAUGUAAUCUAGUAAUUCGGUGCAACUCUACAUUAGGCUAUAUGGAACACCUACUUUUCGACGAUAGAAAUUAGUCAUAAAAUGUCACGACACAUCGAUUCACUAUACAAAAUCGAUGAACAGAAAAUAAACCAAAUCCUUCAUCUCAAGUUAAUUACUAUAUUAUUGUAGUUGAAUUCAGUUACCCAAUCGGACACACAUUUCGUAUACUUUAAGUCUUCUUACAUUUGAAAUUCACACUUAUUUUCAAUGACCAGAUCGAGCAAAGCUGCUGGCCACAGUGAAGGGUAAUAAUAUCGAAUAGAUAACAAAAAAAAAAAAUUGUUUGUAAAACUUUUGUAUCUGGUCCAACCAAUCUCUUUUUAAACGAAACUAUUUACUAUUUUCAUUAUGUAUUCUGUAUAUAAGACAUUAAUACAUUUGUCUGAUUUUAAUCAUUUACAACAAUA